AUGAGUGCAUACGCGCGAGAGGGCAGCCCGUAUGGGUAUGGCUCUAAUAGGGUGUCACCACCAGCACCAAGCCCGCGCGGAAAGAUAUUUGUUGAGGGCUACCGCAGCGAUAUAAUAAAUGGCUUUGCAAAGGACCAUCAAUUGUAUAAUCCGGUACGCUUCUUGUCCACCGUCGUGGAGGCUGAUGGACCUGCGGCUUCUAAUCUUUAUUGUGUACAGAUGAACCCUGAUCGACCGCAAAGUUCAGCGCUUGUCGACCUCCGAGACCCGAUUCAGGUACAUCUCUUAACCGAAACAGCCCUCUCUGAUAGCAAAGAGUAUACGAUUCUGUCGCAAGAAGAGGUGGACGACCUCAAGAAGCAAAGCCAGUCCUUAUCCCAGCGUGUCGAGUCAACCCGGCAAAACCUGACCAUUCAGUCCAAAUACCGAGAUGCCGCAAUCUCGAUGGCGAGACUAUACAAUCCCGGAAAACUGGAUGGGAAGCGAAGGAGUCUACUGGGUCGUAAUAGCGGCGAUCACGCUCGCGCAAAGGAAGCAGAGGCGGAAAGACAGGCCAGCGAGCGGAAGUGCGAAGAAUUGGCUGCGGAGCUCUUCAACCUUGAAAAGCGACUUAUGGAGCCCCAAAGACGCCUCCUGGAGCAUACUGCUGGUAUUCUUCAACUCACUCAUAAGGCCUCGAAUAAGAAGAAGGAUCUCACUCCUCCAUUUCAACCCCUCAAUGGCAUGCCUGGCAGCCCGGAGAGCCUAUAUACUUAUACACGCAACAGUAUGGAUCGCACCGGAGACGAGCACUAUUUCAACGAUAAUGACUAUUACGACCAAGCCAAUGGAGUCUCAACGAGAGGGCAACCCCGUCAGCAACCCAUAGAGAUACCCCUUAAAUCACCGGUUCGGGAACAAAAUCAGCUGAGAGAUGAGAUGGAGAAGAUGAAGGAUGAAAAUCUACAUCUAAAGGGCCAGUCUAAUUCAUUGGUCAAAUCGAUAACGGAGAUGGAGGCACGACUCGAGAAUUUGAACGGCUCUUUGCGAGAUGCGAUUGUUCGCUUCAAUCCUUCCAAGAACGAAGACUAUUAUGAUCCCCCAUUUGGAGUUUCGGGAAUGAAACCAGGAGAGCUCCUCAACAACCAUUUGGAUUACCUUGAGAUGGGUCUCAAUGCCAUCGAGGUCGAACAGGAAGAGUCUUCUGGCGAAACCGUCAAGACUGACGGCGCUUUCGAGAAACGCAUCGAGUCCCUAAACCAGCAAGUACGAGAUCUACUCCUCACAGUGGAUCCCAGUUACCCGGCCGUACCUCAUUCACCACAAGAUAGUUUUGAGACGAAGCUUGACUUUCUUGAAGAUGCACUACGCACUGCCGACUCGGAGCUAGAACGCGCCGUGCAGGCAGCUCAGGCCGGGCCACCCGAGAAACAGGACGGUGACCAGGUUGAGAGGAUCUUGAUGAACUUGUGGAACAUGAUGCAGACAGGCUUCGCCAAGAUUAAGAAGGAGAAAGAGGAGCGUCGAAGGGCUCGCAUGGAGAGAGGCUAUGAGGAUGACGAAGUUUCUGACGAUGAAUUCGAUAUCGAGGAAGCUUUCAGCCUUCCCGGAUUCUCUAAUCGUGUCCAGUGGCUGUACUCCCAAGCCACUACACUCAAGAACCAGAAAUCUGUGCUCCAGCGACAAAUCAAGCAACAGCGCGAGCUCAAUAACAAAUCAGACGCCGAGAAGGAUGAAGAGCUAGCAAGGAAACAAGAGGAGUUGGAUGAGACACAAAUUCUACUGGCUCGAGCUGAGAGAGAUGCGAUGACUGCCCAGACAAUGCUCUCAGAGACCCUUGAAGAACUCGAAAGUGCCCGUAGUGUUGCGCACAACGCUGGCCCCUCGAAGGCUGAGGCUGAGGGUAGCAGCAGGAAGGUUGCCGAGCUGGAAGCAGACCUGAAACGUCUUCAUGCCGACUUAGCUGGCGCUGCGGGUGCGGCGGGUGCAGCUCACGCUCAACUCGAGGAACGGGAUGAGAAGAUUGUCAAGCUUGAGAGGGACCUCGACCAGCUCAAGACCGACCUUGCUAACGCGGCAGCUUCGGCAGCUGCCGCGCAGUCUCAAAUCGAGGAUCGCGAAAGCAAGAUCACUGCCUUAGAAGCAGAGUUGGACUACCUGGAGACGGCCCAGAGUGAAAUCGAGGAACGAAACAAGAGGAUUGCAGCGCUCCAGUCCGAGCUUGAGCAGGCCAAUACUGCUCAUGCACAGAUCGAAGAGCGGGACGCGAAGAUUGCUACUCUUCACACCGAGGUUCAAGAAGUCAGUACUCUACGAGACCAGGUUGAGGUACACAGUGCGACGAUUUCUACACUGAAGGCCGAGUUGGAGAAGGCAAAUGACCUUGAAGCCCGCCUUGAAGAACGAAAUGCAAGGGUUACGCAUCUCGAGUCUGACAUGGAACUUCUUCAAGCAGACUUGGCAGGAGCUGCUGGAGCUGCAGGGGCCGCUCAAGCCCAACUUGAGGAGCGCAACAGCAGGAUCGCAGCUCUUGAAUCCGACAUCAAACAACUCGAAGAGAGGCUGUCGGCUGCCGAGUCUUCAAGCAACAAUACUCGCAACCAGUUGACUGGGGUCGAUUCAGUGAUCGAUGCUCUUAACGCGCAGCUCGAUGAAGUGAAUCGAUCGAAGCAAAUGGCAGAAGACAAUACCAGGUCCUUGCAGCAACGGGUGGAUGGCCAAAAGGAAGAGCUUGCAGCCAAAAAGAAGAUGCUGAAAGAUAAGGAGGAUGAACUUGAGCUUCUUAACAUGAACCUCGUAGAGAUGAAGACGGAGCUCACGAUUGCCCAAGCGGAACUGGACGGAGCCUAUGGGUCCCGUGCAGAGAGAGCCGCCGAUGUCGCAGCUAUCAAGACUAGUGGCGAGGUGAUGAAGCUCCAGAACCAGCUCACAAGGCUAAAGAAUGAGUUAGCUGGAACUGUUCAAGAGCUGGAGGAGGUCACAAGGGAGACACUUAGUGCCGAACGAGAAAAGAUAGAGCUUGAGAACAAGCUUCAGGAUGUCCAAUCAGCAAAGAAGGCUCUUGAAGGAGAGGUUACAACACUUCGUCAGCGCCUCGAGGCAGAUAUGGAGAAGGCUCGUGAGCAUAUUACCAAGCUACAAGAGGAUCUUGAUGGCGAACGACUUAAGGCAAUCCCACCAAAUGGUGGUGUUGGCAGAGGAGCCUCGAUGCUGAGUGAGCAAUUCAGGGCCACGAUGCGUGAAGAGAGGAAGAAGUUCCAGGAGAGCCUCAAGGAGGAACGUGCUAGAGCACGCCAGCUGGAGGAAGAGCUUGCUAAAUUCAAGCGGGAUCAAGGAUCUGCCAGAGCCUCCCUGAACCCUCAAUGA